AUGUAUAGUCUCUUGGUCCCCAUCUCGUUUGUUUUUGGCGUCACUGUUAGAGUACGCAUUGAAGUAAAAGGUCUCGGUAAGAUCCAUGUAGUUGACAAAGUCUACCUUUUGCUCAGGAGAAUUAAAGUUGGAAGUCGGGCGGAAGCUAAAGAUGGGAUAAACAGAACUGCUUUGAGAGAAAUAAAAUUAUUACAAGAGUUGAGGCAUGAAAAUAUUAUUGGAUUGUUAGAUGUUUUCGGUUACAAAUCCAACGUUUCACUAGUUUUUGACUUUAUGGAUACCGAUUUAGAAGUUAUUAUUAAAGACAGCAACAUAGUAUUGUCACCUGCUAACAUCAAGGCUUACAUGAUACAAACUCUACAAGGCCUUGAUUAUUUGCACUUCAACUGGAUCCUUCAUAGAGAUUUAAAGCCUAACAAUUUACUCAUUAGCAGUGAAGGUGUGCUUAAAAUUGGUGAUUUUGGUUUGGCAAAGUUUUUUGGAUCCCCAAACAGAAUAAAUACACAUCAAGUAGUGACUCGAUGGUACAGAGCACCAGAGUUGCUUUAUGGAGCAAGGCUUUAUGGUAGGGGAAUCGAUAUGUGGGCUGUUGGGUGUAUACUCGCUGAGCUGUUGCUUCGAUGUCCAUUCUUUGCAGGGGAAUCUGACUUGGAUCAGCUGACUAAAAUUUUUCAGGCCCUUGGAACGCCAACUGAAGAAACGUGGCCUGGAGUGACACAGUUACCAGAUUUCAUACAAUUCAAGCCCUUUCCAGCUGUACCAUUGAGAGACAUAUUUACCGCUGCUGCCGAUGAUCUUCUUGACCUACUUACCAGUUUGUUAAAUAUUAAUCCUUUGGACAGAUGUACUUGUGAUCAAGCACUACAGAUGCCUUACUUUAGCAAUAAUCCACCACCUACACCAAAAGAUAAGCUACCAUUUCCAAAUUCCAUUAAAAGACUGCCAGAAGAUAAGCCAAGUUUGAAAAGAAAAUUGUUAGAGGCCACUGAUGGAGCUUCUUUAGCCAAAAGACUGCAAUUUUAAUACUUAAAGGGUAAUUUCAAUGUUCCACUUCUCUCAUCGAGUUAAGGAAAUAAUUAAUAAUGUACAAAUCAUAUUAAAAAUUAGGGCUAUGAAUUUUUCGGUUCAGUUUGUUAAAAUUUUAAACUUAUUGUAAUAAAAUGAUAGUAGUUUUA